AUGCUGCAUCUUUUCAUCUUCUUAAUAAUCUUGAUGGUCAUUCCACUUAUUUCAUCAACUUGUUGUGGGUCAAAGAAGGAAGAAGGCGGUGGUGGUGGCGGUGCUUCAAAAAAGUCUGCUCUUCGUAAAACUCCAAAGAAGCAACGCUCCAAAGAAGCAUUUUCCGGAUCAAAGAAGAAAAGCGAUGAAAAGGUCGAAGAAAAAGGGAAGAAGAAGUCUUCAAAGGAAGCUCCAAGUAAUACUAAAAAAUCGGUAUUCAAGUCUAGCUUUGAUGGAGUGCAUACUGCUGUUACAAUGGAGGAAGGAAAAAAUGUUGGAGGAGGAGGGAAAAAAUCCAUUUUCCCAAAGAUGAAGCUUCGAAAGAGUUCUGGAAAAGAAGAGGAUGCCACUGCUAAAAGUAUGGUUUCUAAACCAACAACGAGUACUACUGGCGCUAGUUUCGCAAGAAGUAUUAUGGUUGGGGCACCAAACGACAUGCAAAGUCAAUCAACGGAAAAGACCAAGAUGAAAGUAGGAAUAGCUCAAAAGAGAUUUAAGACGAUUGAAGAGAAAAUUGCUGCCACCAAAAAGAUGCUUGCUUAUACAGGAAGGAAAGGACCACCGCCAGGGAAUCCAAUGGGGAAUGUGGACAACCAUAUUGAAAAGAGGGCAGAAGGACAUUUGGCUGUUGCAUUCUCACCGAUUCAUAUCUUCGACACGCCUGCAUACAGAUAUACUACUCGAAAUCCUAAAGCUGGACACGGUAAAGUUUUUUCCUUUUUUUGUGGGCAGAUUUAUGAUUUUUCGUGGAAGACUUGA